GCAAGGGAACAAGUGACUCGUUUGUUGAUAAUUGUGGACUUGGGCUAUAUAAAUGUCAAGUGAUGAAGUUACACCAUAACGCUGACUGAAUCCAGUUAAGAACUGGAUUGCGCCGACAGAAAUGGAUAGAGAUACGAAAUAUUUAUUACGAAAGAUUGUAAUUGACGUUCUGUGCUUAUUUACAGUUGGUUUCCCAAUUCUUCUGUUCUACUAUUUUGGAAAACCCUUCGAGAGGGGCUUCUACUGUGACGAUGAGUCUCUCAAAUAUCCAUUUAAGCCAUCAACCGUUACUAGUCCGAUGCUAUACUUGGUGGGAAUGUUUUUGCCUAUUACUUCGUUUGUUGUUACUGAAUUCAUACACUAUAGACAGUCAAAUGGACAAGUGGCAAGAACAUUCUAUGGCAGAGCAAUUCCACCCUGGAUUUGGUCAUCAUAUAAAACGAUAGGAGUGUUUGGAUUUGGAGUUGCAUGUUCCCACUUGACAACAGACAUCGCAAAAUAUGUUAUAGGACGUCUGCGGCCGCAUUUCUUUGCCGUAUGUGUGCCAAAUAUUAACUGUACAGAGCCGAAAUAUAUGCACAAAUACAUUGAGGAAUUUACUUGCACUGGUGACCACCCAGAGUUAUUCAAAGAAGUCAGGUUGUCUUUUCCAUCAGGACAUUCUUCAUUUUCAGCAUAUACAAUGAUAUAUUUAGUAUUGUACCUGCAAGCCCGGAUGACAUGGAAAGGCUCCAAACUGUUGAAACACUUCUGUCAGUACAUUUGUUUAUUAAUAGCUGUGGGCACAGCCUUGUCUCGCGUUUCUGACUAUAAACAUCACUGGAGUGAUGUACUCGCUGGGUUUCUUCAGGGAGCUGUUUUUGCAGUGUCUGUGGUGCUGUUCAUUUCUGACUUGUUUCCAGUGAAACACAAUCCAGCACUUCCUGUACCAGAUAUGGAUAUAGAUCCUCCAAGCCAUACAGGAAAUGUUUCAGUGAAAGUAAUAUGAGACGUCUGAUUAUUGUCUUCAAAAUGACUUACUAUGAAUUAGCAGUGGGCUUCCAAAAUUGUAUGAAAGGCUACAUAUAUACAUUGUCAGUUGUAUGGGAAUAGAGAAUUACCAAUGCUACAACAGCAAUAAAAAUAAAUGGGAAGAGUAUAUCUAUGAACAGGUGAAACAAUGAUCUGGCUGCAAUAUCAAAAGUGACACACACACACACACACACACACACAAACACACACAAAAGCAAUCAGUGAAUCUUGAGCUUGAGAACUGGAGGUGUCUUCCUGAAAAAUCUUUAGACUUUUUCUGGAGGAGGAGCAACAUUGGGAGUGUGUGAAAUAGAUUGUGUCACUCAGACUACUGUGCCAAAGACUUCCAGAAAUUGCUUCCCCAUUGCAUGUCCUAACUCCUUGGCUUUUAUAACAAUUAUGUUUUCUUACAUUUUGCAGAAGAUGCUUUCUACCCUAAAGCUCAAGAUUUUAUUAUUUUAACAAAUGCAGUGGAUCUGUAUAGUUUUUUUAAUUGUUUUUAGACUCCAUUUGGCUUAACAGUUUCUUAUUAUGAAUACAAUAUGUUGAACUUUAAUGUUAAGACAGGAUAUAUAUCUUCACCAUGUAUCUUUGUCAUAUUGCAUAUGUUGGUAGCAACUUUUAAGUUUCAUCCACAAAAGAAACUACUGUCUAAUAGAGAUGGGUAGAUUGUCAAUAAAAAUUACUGUCUAAUUCAGAUCAUUCUGUUCUGUCUAGUGAUUUACUUCCACAAUAGCUUUUUAUAGAACUACAUAAUAAUUCUAAGAGCAUUUGUUGCAAACUGUUAUAAAAUGUAGUGCAUUUUGUUCCAAUUUGUGACAGAAGCAGUACAGAUUACUAUUAUUGUUAUUAUUAUUAUUAUUAUUAUUAUUAUUAUUAUUAUUAUUGUCAUCUUAUUUAGGGAUAAUUUUGGGCAAUUAAUAUAGAGUUACCAAAUAUAAAAGAGCAAUUGUACCAGCAGGCUCAGAGAAAAGUACAAGUGAAAUUGGUUACAAGUUCCAUCCAUCCUCAUGACUCUGUUGUUUUUCUCUUGCAGCUCCCAUAGUUGUAUGAAAACUAGGUCAGUGGUAGAAUUCAGUAUUAAGCAACCUAGAGAGAAAAUGAUUGCAAAGAUCAUUCAAUUUUAUGUGUACAGUCUAUUACAGAGUAGCCAUAUGUGACUGUGUGAUAAGUAUUAUUAAAAUGGUGAAGGAAGUGACUACUGUGAACUGAUAGAUACACCAGAAUUGCAAUGUUUUGGUGUUGUAUGUACAUAUAAUACAAAAGACAUACUUGUACAGAAGAAUGUACUAAGUUUUAUAUAAUAUUUUAAUUUCAUCCACUUAGCUUUUUCAAAUUUUUGGUGGUGAAAGUUUAGUUAUAGCAAAAUGAUGUCACUUUUCAGCUCUUAUUUCAGUGUAGUUCAUUUGAUAUCAGUAUGAAUAACUUUUAUAUUUUCAUAUUUCUUCUGAAAUUUAUUUUCUAAGCUAUACUUGAACCACUGCCAUGUCAUCUUUUACAUCAAACUCAAGUCUUUCUGAGGUGAUAUCGUAACUGAAAUUACACUUUGUAUUGCUAGAUUAAAAGUAUGUUUUAUUUAUUUUAUUUGAUAGAUAUUCAACAUUUCAUUCAAGCUCUUUCUCGUAGUGUCAUUAACUGUUUCAACAUUAUGUGGAUUGUUGCACUAUGAAACACUUCCAACAUCAUUGUACUGUACUUAAAAAGCUCACUGGCAGACUUUUGGCAUGUGAAACUCUUUUUCUAUGUUCAGGUAAAAAUAUAUAUAAAUUGGUUUGUUUUUAUACAUUGCUUUCACUGUGGUAUUGAAGUUGGUCAGCCACAUCGAAAUAAGAUUGUGAAGGAACAGUGCUAUUUUCUGACUUUUGUUUCAGUCUGUUAUAUUGUUUUCGCCUAGCAAAAACUUUCCAAUUAGUUUUUGUAUGUAGCUUGUAAUAAUUUCAGACUUAACAGCUGUGUUUUCUGUUGUGAGUAAAAAAUUCAUUCAGUUUGCUGUAAAUAUUUCUUCACAUUUGAGAUACUUACCUGGUCAUACUGUGCAUUGUCAUAGUUUUGUUCACUCAAAUUCAUUUGAGUUAGUUGAUGUCUUAACAGCAUACACAGAAUGAAGAAAGAACACUGUUGAUUGUGGUAACAUGCGUUGAGCCUGUAUGUGAUUUAUUUAUGUAAAUAUAAAUUGUCAGAUGCAGUAAUUUCCUAAUGACAAACUUUUUAUGUCAUGUGUAGCUUAAAUACAAAAUGUAAUUGUGAGAUAUGUUAGUAACAUAAAGUAAUUUUAAUAACUGUUUAAUAUUAGCGUAAUUCAGAUCAGAAUUUAUUCUAUAAAAAAGCAAUUAUUGUGAAAUAAAAUUUGAGGAAAAUCUGUUGAAGGACAGGUUUGUGUUACAUACACUCUUUAACAGUAAUGUAAUAGUAUUAACCAUACUUAUUAUUAACAUAUGGCUAUUUUUAAAAUAAUUCAAUGACAGGGUAAAGUAUAAUUUCUGUAUUGCUUUAAACACAUAACAAACAUGUUCCUAAAUGUUUAUUUACUUUUUUUGAACUAGUGACAGAGAGAGAAAUUAAUUAAGCAACAGUUCAUAUUUCGGGAAGUAAAGCUGCUGGCUUUUGUAAGCUGAACGUGUAUCUCCAUUUUGUGGCAUUCUUUUAUAAUUUAUAGUUAAUAUGGCAACAUCCUCCAGGUGCCCUCCAACUUGUAGGUACAGGUUUGGUGGAGUAUUUAUAGGUUACAAGUUUUAUUGCUACAUAGACUUCACUGUUAUUAUUUUGAGGAUUUGUAGUGUUUAUUUUUAAAUGUUCACCAUCUUGUGACAUAAACACUAAGUAACAUGGGAUUCCAUUUGCUGAAGUAUUAUCUAAUUAAGUGAAAAACGUUUUUUUGUAAAGAAUUUUUUAUUAGUAUAGAUCUCUUCUUAAUGUGUUAGAACCACGUUAAAUGUCUUUUAAGUAACUGUUAGUAUUACAAAUGACUGAUUAGGGUGUUUGGUUGUGAAUUGUAGCGUUCUAACACCUUCAGCAGCCUAAUUCAGAUGUCAGUUAUUUAAAUAAUUCACAGUAUGAAGAACUGAAAAUAUUUUGUGAUGGUCUGAUUAUCCUGUACAAUUGUACUGGUACAGCUAUUUCACUAUUAAUAAGUUUUCUUAACAUUUUUUAAAAUGAUCAUUAUAUGUUAUUUUAUAUUUAUAACAGGGCUAGUGUAUGGUGUUAUAUCUUGUCACUUUUAUGUGACAUACCUUUUUAUGUUAAUAACUGUGAAUGACCGUUAUCAGAUAAUGAAUUGCAAUAAUCCAAGAUACUGUGAAAGUGUAUUAACUGUAACUUAAGUCCCGCUUUUCUGCAAGCAGUGGUGCUCUCUUCAGAAUAUUUUAAUAAUGUAGGCAAUUGUUGUAUGCUUUUAGUUCUUUUUAAUGAAGAAAGACACACAUUCUGAUUGAAAGUAUGUUUUAUAAGAUAUUGCCUAUCUAGCAUUUCAGUAAGUAACAGUAACUAAACAAACUUUCAUUCACUUAUAAAUUUCUAGCAGGUUAGCUUGUUGAUGAACUUAUAUAUGAAUUAAUUUUACAGAAAACUGAACCAUCUGUUCUAGUCUGAAACUGUGUGUGUAUAUAUUAUUAUUGUACACAAAGAGUGGUUGUUGUGAAAAAAUAAUGACUUAGAAAUUACAAUUAUUGUGCUUUGAAGUGGACAAGGAAAACCAUUUGACUUCCAUGUAGUGUAUUACUAGUUUUUGUAAAAGAAAGUUCUAUUCAGAUUGUUAUAUCUUGUUCAAUAAAUUCUUCAUUAUUUAGAAUAUCUUGUUCUUUGUGAGUGCCCUGUUGUAUUGAAAGAAGUAAUAAAUGAUAACAAGCACUCAUGUGCAUCUCAUUAACAACAUGGAAACAGGGCUUUAGGAGGAUUAAACAUUCAAAUGGGGUGAUUUCUUUGAUAAAUAAAAUAAAAUAAAAACAUUGUUUUUCUUUUCCAUCCUUUAUGCUGUAUUGUCUUAUUUUCCAUCUCAAAUUUGAAGUAAUUUUUUUUGCUUGACUUCCAAUUUGUCAAUAACCACAUUUAUUUUCCUUUUACUGUAUUGUAUGGUUACAACUGCAAAGAAGAAUCAACUUAAUUUCCACUAUUCCUCAUGGUUUAACUUGUUUCCUUCUUUGUAAAUAAUUUAGGAGUAAAGGAAACAACCGACCAUGCCUGUACAUGAUUCUGAACUGUUAUUUGGUGAGUUGUUUCCCUCACUCCUAAAUUAUUUACAGUGUGCCAGAAUUUUCCACACUAUAUUUAUUUUCUACUUUGUCUUUGUAUUUUACAAGAAAUGAGACUUCUAGUCAGUAGCUAACUCUUGUAGUACUUCUACAUCUACAUGGAUACUCUGCAAAUCACAUUUAAGUGCCUGGCAGAGGGUUCAAUGACCCGCCUUUACAAUUCUCUGUUAUUCCAAUUUCGUAUAGCACACGGAAAGAACGAACACCUAUAUCUUUCCGUGUGAGCUCUGAUUUCCCUUGUAGGAAAAUGCUCACAUCUAUUGUAGUUGACAUUUCUGUGAGACACAUCAUCUAAUGAGGUGUUUCUUCCACAAUUCUGGAAAGUAUUACAUGAUUAUCAACCAAAGAAAUUAUUUUUUGUGUAAUAUCCAGUCAUAUACAAAAAUGAUGUGAGAAUUCAUAAUUAAUGGUAUGAUACCUAUCUGAGGUACACACCUAAUCCAAGCAUCCCCACAGAAUUGUACAAGGGCAGCACUGCCUUUGAUUACAUUUUAUUGAAGUAUGUAAGAAAGGUUCUUCAUCUAUAUCUACAUCUAUACUCUGCAAACCACUGUGAGAUGUAUGGCAGAGGAUAUGUCCAUUGUACCAGUUGUUAGGGUUUCUUCCCGUUCCAUUCACAUAUGGAGCAGGGGAAGAAUGAAUGUUUGAAUCCUUCUGUGCAUGAGUGAUACAUAGGGGCUUGUAGUAUAUUGCUAGAGUCAUCAUUUAAAGUCCGUUCUUGAAACUUUGGUAAUAGACUUUCUUAACUUGGGACCAUUCGUGGUGCUCUUCUCUAUAUAUGUUCAAUAUCUCCAUUUAGUCUUAUUUGGCUUGGGCCCCACCCACUUGAGCUAUAUUCUAGAAGCAGUGACAUUAGUGAUAUUUAAACAAUCCCCUUUGUAGACUGAUUGCAUUUCCCCAGUAUUCUACCAAUAAACUGAAGUCUACCAUCUGCAUUACCCACAACUGAGCCUGUGUGAUCGUCAGGAUGAAACUGGGGGAAAAUAAAGACGGAAAAGACUUCCUGUUAUCAAGUGAUAAUAAACUGACAACACACAGAUGACAACAGUAAAGUUACCUGGAAGUGUAGAGGUUGCCUUAAGCCAAGCCACCUGAAAAAGGGUAGGGUGAAGCCAAGGCACCUGGAAAGGGCUAGAGUAAGUAGCAUUAUUAUAAGGUUAUUCAAGAAAGUUAUUGUAAACUCAAGCAAAUGAGAACAGAGUUGAAAGAAAUGCCAGCAAGAAUAUGUUGGCAACACUGAUACUGUAAACAUCCGUAAAACUUUUGAGGGCUGCUAAUUUUUGAUGUUAGUGAUUAAAAAGCUGCUGUAGAAGUGACAGUUAAUUAUAAGUUUAAUUUUGUGCAUCUGUAGCUGUUGUGUUAACAUAUGCGAGUUUACAGUAAUUGAGAUUCAGAUAGUGAACAGAUUCAUCUUGAAAGAUACAAGCUAAUGUCAUACAUAAGUUAGAACCAAUAAGGAGAAAGUCCCACACCUUUCAAGUAAAUGUAUAUUGUGUUGUUGCAUGCAGGAAACACACAAUCUUGCAAUGCUGGCAGUGUACAGACCACUAGCAGGAAGUAUCUUAAGAUUCAUGCUGCAGCUAGAAACAGUUUUAAUAAGGUCAGAAAAACAACAAAAGGAAAAGGAUAUAUUACUACUGACCAUAUAUAGAAGGCAUUGCAUCGCAGAUAGGCACACUGAAAAAGACUGCUAAAAUAUUAAGCUGAAGCUACCGGAGACAGUGGCUAUGUGCACAUGAGUUGUGCGUGUGUGAAUGUGUGUGUGUGUGUGUGUGUGUGUGUGUGUGUGAUUUCUAUUUUGGAAGGAGGACUUUGCCUGAAAACUGAAUAUUUUAGCAGUCUUUUUUCAUCAUGCCUGUUUGUGACUCAACGCCUCCUCUAUCCUUUCCAUAUUGUUAUUGUUCCAAACAGAACUUACCAUUGCUUUUGAUAAGGUUAUGCAGACUUAACUGGUAAGCCAAUGUUUGUGGAGAAUUAAAAGCUGAUUUUUGGCCAGAUAGUAUUGACUGAGAUCAUCUAGAAUUGUUGUUGUUGCUCAGCUUGGGGCAUUUUCCAUUGUAAAAUUCUCCAUGAGGAUUGAAGGACAAAGUGCAAGUGUCAAAUCUGCUUUUAGACCCACCAACCUGUAGUUAUUUAGCUGUAAAACUAAUAGACAGUGGUCAAAUUUUAAUAAAAUAUUCUGACCAGUUAGGUACAGAUCAUAGAAGAAAAGCAUUGUAUUGCUGAAUCAUAAACUGUGAUUUGAUUGUAGUGUUUGAAUAGAAAUUAUAGGAAGACAGCAUUAACUGAAAAUUGAACUCUUUCUCAAACAUAUUCCUACAGCACUUUUGAGUCUUGUUUCCCCCUAAAACAAGUAAGUGCAAAAUUGAACAAAACAAAGGAUAAAGGGUGGAUAACUCCCGGGAUUAAAGUAUCUUGUUCUAGGAAGAGAGAACUCUUUCUACUUCAGAACACAAGCAAUAAUUAAGUUUGAAACUCCCAUUACCAUCAGUAUGAUAUAAUUGUCCACUUUGUCAUUCAAAAAGCAAAAUUUGUGUACUGUGCUAAAAAAAAA